AUGUCGUUUGGGGAGCUUCAAAAAGAAGUUUUGGCGCAAUUAGAGCGCGACUUUUCUAAUUUUAAGAAGACAGGCCAGGCUCGUCGAACGAGUAACUAUUUGAAAACUCGCAUGGAGCUACUUGAACAAAAUUUAGAAAAUGCCAAACGAUAUCACGAGGAAAUCGUUAGCGGGGGGAAGCUCGAAGAGAAUUUUAAAAAGGAAGACAUGAUAGCGGUGUUCGAUCAAAUUCGCGCCAUUUAUCUCGAAUAUAGGACUGAAAUGAUGGAUGGUUUAGACAAAUUAAGUCCGUCCGCUCCACUUACGCCUACAGUGGGGGCACCUCCAUCAACAGGCCUUCCAUCAGCAACACACCAGUCACAGCCAAAUGUCCUCAAGCUUCCUCCAAUCAAACCUCCCACGUUCUCGGGGUCUUAUACAUCGUGGCGUUCCUAUCACGAUAUUUUUACGUCACUUGUUCAUAACAAUCCUGGCUUGAACGAGAUCCAAAAAAUGCAUUUUUUGAAAGAAAGUUUGACAGGCGAUGCCGAACGUCUUCUGCAUCAUUUAGAUCUUAGUUCUGGGAAUUAUGCAAAGGCUUGGGAUUUAUUGAAAGAAAGGUAUGAUCAUAAAAGAGUUUUGGUCAAUUCUUAUCUCAAAGUCUUUUUUGGCCAACCUGUACAAAGUAAGGAAUCUGCCGAAUCCCUUAAAAGCUUACUUGACACAACAAUCGAAGUUGUUCAUGCUCUGGAAAAUUUAGGAUUACCAGUGAAGGACUGGGACACAAUAUUAAUUUAUAUCCUCUUUCAAAAACUAUCCGCCAAAACCCAACAGCUAUGGGAAGAAAAGCUCGGCAAUAACAAAGAACUCCCAACCUUCGCCGAUUUUACUGAUUUUCUUAAAUCACGUUUUCGGACUUUGGAAGCUAUUGUGCAGCAAGCCAGUUGCACUACACAGCCAAAGCCAGUCACGAAAUCGCCUGUCACAGCUAAAACAUUUCAUGCUAAAACCCAAAAACAACAAUUUAAAACGCAAUAUCAAUGUCAAAUUUGCAAAAAAGGACAACACUCGUUGAUGAAAUGUUAUCGGUUUUUAAACAUGGAUGCGGUACAAAAGCAACAGGCUGUACAGCAAGCUGGAGUGUGUGAAAACUGUCUGCUUACAGCCACAAAACUCGUUUUUGUUUAA